ACGUAGUGUUUGUCUUCCAGAGCACAUCACAGACAUUGGGGACAACCCCCAUUCAUACCAGCACCCAAACAGACCCACCUAGCUUUGCAUGUCGGGCUACACAGCUUUCUAUGGGUACAUUAGGUCAUCACGUUAGAAGCAAAGGUACCCAAACAGAAUCCUUUAUGAGAACUGCGAGUAUUGCCACAAGUACCUCUGAUGCACCAUGGGGCCCUGCUACCUCUACGCCCAUCAAGGCUGUUCACCCAAGGCCAGCAAAAAGACCUCGGGUUGAUGAAGAGGAGGAGGAGGAAAGUGACAUCUCCACAAUUUUACCUGAACCCCAUGACUCCACGUAUGAUCCAGCACAGUCAAUCAGCAAUGUAACAGAAGCAUCACAGCCCACUGAUACGUCUUCAACUGGAUACAAAGACUCCAAGUACAUAGUAUUUGAGAAGAACCUUAUGGAACUUUUUGAAACGUGUCCAGACUGUCGCCGGUUGUCGGAUGUGAGGACCUACAGACGGGGAACAUUUUUGGCCAUCGACCAAAAAUGCCAUCACUGCCAGUUUUCCAGGCAAUGGAAGAGCCAGCCAGCGAUUGGAAGCUCCCCUGUAGGCAACAUAAUACUGUCUGCUGCCAUAUAUUUCACCGGCUCCUCAUAUUUCCAAGUGCAAAAGAUAUUUCAAGCCAUGCAUCUGCAAAACAUCAGCUACUCAGCAUUCCGUAGGCAUGCAAGCAGUUAUCUGGAAACAGCUGUGAUCCACCAAUGGCACCAGUACCAAGAAGCAGAAUUUGAGUUCUUGAGUCAGAGGAAAGUCAAGAUUGGAGGGGACAUGCGAGCAGAUUCACCGGGUCACUCUGCCAAAUAUGGAAGUUACAGUUUGAUGAAUCUGGAGACCAACAGCAUUAUUGACAUUCAACUAGUCCAGAGCAAUGAGGUUGGUGGGAGCCACAACAUGGAGAAAGAGGGACUCAAAAGAAGCCUACAGCUUUUGGAGUCCAAGGGUGUGGCAGUCGAUUACAUUGUCACUGACCGUCAUCCACAGAUACAAAAAUAUCUCUGUGAGCAAAAGAUAACACACUACUAUGAUGUCUGGCAUUUGGAAAAAGGUCUAUCUAAGAAACUGGGAAAAGUGGCUAAAGAGAAGGACUGCGAGGUGGUCAAGAAGUGGCAGCGUGGAAUCAGCAACCAUGUUUAUUGGUGUGCAACAUCCUCAUCCUCAGGGCCAGAGAAAGUCGCCAAAUGGACAUCUGUGGUAAACCACAUGCAAAACAAACAUACCCACGACAAUCCUCUCUUCCCACAAUGCCAACAUCCAGUCCGCCGGAGCAGAGAUCGCAAGAAGUGGUUUCAACCAGGUGUGUAGCUGUCUGUUGUACUCAAUGUUUUGUGAAAGCCCUCUACAAAGUGGAGAAGAUCCUAACAAAUAAGAGGGUCCUCAGUGAUGUUGAGAGGCUAAGCUCACGGUACCAGACCUCAACACUGGAGGCAUUCCACAGUGUAAUCUUGCGCUUCACACCCAAAAGUGUGGUCUUUCCUUUCAUUGGGAUGUUGUGCAGACUAUAUCUGGCAGCAAUGCACUUCAAUGAAAACGCUGGCCGCACUCAGGCAAGAACAACUUCAGGGAAACUGAGGUACAGCUUACAUUUCCCAAAAGCCAAAAAGGGAGGGCACACUGUGAAGCCAGUAAAAUCACCACCAACACACUGCUACGUCCACAACCUGAUUGCUGGGGUGUUUGAAGAGAUAGUCCCCAACCCCCUGCCUUACAUGGAGGAGCUCCAAAAAAUCCCUGUUCCUGAUGCCCUGUCCUCAGCAUUCUACCAUCCUCCACUGACAGAAGCUGUGGCUGCAUACACAUCUCGCUUUAGGCAAGGGCAGCCCUAAAGCCGACAUAUUGGCCUUCUGUGUCUGGGAACUCUCUUCGGAUCCGUAGGACAACACAAGCCGGAAUAACAACUCGGACUUUUCUACCUAAAUAACCCCAGCACCAGCUGACAAAGGAUCUGUAGGCCAGAUGUCUGCAUCGCCUGGCAAAAAAAGACAUUGUAAAUUCUGUACAUAGUUUGGAUAUUCUUCUUUUGUGUUUGCAUUAUUUUAUUAGACUUGAAAAUUACU